AUGAGGGCGCGUCUUGAUGGUCCUCAGGAUCUCUCGUUCUCCGGUCUGACCAAUGACCACUUAUCGAAAUUAAACAUAUCCCCGGCUGGGUCCCUCGAACUGAAGCCAAAGAGCGUGCUCGCGGAACUAGCAAAGAAGACCCAAGUUGUUGGGAAAGAUGACAUCUGGUCUUCGGAAAACUUAUAUCGUCAUCUGCAACGCCUGGAGACGCUUGUCCCCAAGUCGAAUGAAGCAGCUGCUCGCGCUUGGAUAGACGCGUUUUUUUUUCGUGUGUCUGCAAUGGUGCCUCCAGAUGAAAUGAUGGUCCUGAGCGUGGAGCAACAAAUCCCCCCUACAGCGGUCAAACCUUCCAGCUCCACCACACUUCAUGGUUUUAUCGAUUACAUCGCUGCAACAGCAGUUAAAUCUGUUGCAGACAAAUUUUUGUCUGACCCAACGAUUGAAAGACUCAAGUCGAUGUCAGGUCUCGUGGUGACUGAAGCUAAAUCUUCUUCUGGGGCUCCGACUCACCUCCGAGACCAUAUACCUCAAGCGAUUGGCGAAAUGUAUGCCUGCGCGAAAGCCCUUGGGAAAUCUGUUGUCCGCGGGGCGCUGACGGUUGGAGACAGGUGGAUUUUUCUCAUCAUUGUCAUGAAUGCCAAUGGUGAUGGAGCUAAGUAUUGGAAAUCUCGUGGCAUCGGCGUCCUUACCACGACGCCUCCCGAGGACACAGCGAUCACAUCGCCAUGGCCCGAUGUCAUUGCUGGUAUUUUGGCACAUUGGAUGAAGCAUAGUUUUGAGGGCAUCAAAGAUGGCGACGAUUGGUUUGAGGUUGAAUUGUAG